UUAAAAAAUAUUUAUUUAUCAUAAAUUUAUGUGAAUUCUAAUUUAGUAAGCGUGGGUAGUGGCGUUGGCAGUGGAUCUCAUCUACCUCCGCUGAAGCCAAAAACAUCAUGGGUGAAGAGGCCUCCAAAUCCAAUCCCAAACUAACACUGUUUCCUCUCAUAGCUCUUAUCUUCUAUGAAGUAUCUGGGGGUCCUUUUGGAGUAGAAGAUUCCGUCAGGGGUGGAGGUGGUCCUCUUCUAUCGCUGCUCGGAUUCUUGGUUUUCCCUCUAAUAUGGAGUAUACCAGAAGCUCUUGUCACGGCUGAACUUGCCACCAGCUUCCCUCAAAACGGUGGUUAUGUUGUUUGGAUUUGCUCAGCCUUUGGACCCUUUUGGGGGUUUCAGGAAGGGUUUUGGAAAUGGUUCAGUGGGGUGAUGGACAAUGCUCUCUACCCAGUUCUCUUCCUGGAUUACAUGAAGCAAUCCUUCCCUAUCUUUGAUCGUUUGGCUGCUCGAAUCCCUGCUCUUCUGGGGAUCACCCUUUCACUCACUUACUUGAAUUACCGUGGCCUUCACAUCGUCGGCUUUUCUGCUGUUUUCCUCGCCCUUUUCUCACUUUCCCCGUUCCUCAUAAUGGCCCUUCUUUCCAUUCCCCAAAUAAGACCCAGCCGCUGGCUUCUUGUGGAUUUUGCCAAGGUGGAUUGGCCAGGAUACUUCAACACCAUGUUCUGGAAUUUAAAUUAUUGGGAUAAGGCCAGUACCCUUGCGGGAGAGGUUGAGGAUCCGAGUAAAACCUUCCCUCGGGCACUUGUUGGAGGACUAGUUUUGGUGGUCUCCUCCUAUUUGAUUCCACUUCUUGCUGGAACAGGUUCCUUUAGCUCCUCUCCCACUGAGUGGGUAGAUGGUUAUUUUGCCCAAGUUGGGAUGUUCAUUGGCGGCUCUUGGCUCAAACUCUGGAUUCAACUCGCUGCUGCUAUGUCUAACCUCGGCUUGUUCGAAGCCGAAAUGAGCAGCGAUUCUUUCCAACUUGAAGGGAUGAGCAAGAUGGGAAUGCUUCCUGCUCUAUUUGCUACAAGGUCUGUUUAUGGAACGCCCACUUUUAGCAUUUUGUUCUCUGCCACUGGAGUUAUCUUCUUGUCUUGGAUGAGCUUUCAGGAAAUCAUAGAGUUCCUCAAUUUCUUAUAUGCUGUAGGAAUGCUUCUUGAGUUUGCAGCUUUUAUCACUUUGAGGCUGAAGAAGCCAAAUCUUUAUAGACCUUACAGAGUUCCACUGUCAACAUUUUGGGCGACCAUGCUUUGUUUGCCUCCUGCUUUACUGCUUAUUCUUGUAAUGUGCUUGGCUUCUUUGACAACUUUCUUUGUGAGUGGAGCAGUAAUUCUGGUGGGGUUUAUCCUGUACCCUUUCUUGGUUCAAGCCAAAAAUAAGAAUUGGAUUUUAUUUGAAGAAGCCACUGGCUGGCAGCAAUGCCAUUCAGAACUGACUGACCAAGAAAAUAGCGGUGUUGAGCUUCUUGUGAGCUCACCAUUGGCUAGCGUGGAAGAACAAUUGUCUUUAAUGCAAAGUGAUUCUAAACCAAGCUAGCAGGAUCUUGUCUUUUAGAUAUUAAUUUUGACAAGCAUACGACGUGUUUGGCCGUCUUGGACAUUGCUGAAUGCUGAGGUAGCAAGAAAAGGGGUUUGGUUUUCUGUUAUGCUUGAGCUUAUUAAUUUCAAUUCGCAGAGGAAAAUAAAUAUUAUAUAUUUAAAGAGCAGAGGUUGAACUCGGGGAUGACUGAACAUCUCAUUAACCAAAUCUGUGUUGUACCUUAUAUAUGAUUACCAUCAAAUCAAUUUUACAAAGAAUUCUAGUUAUUUUCAUUUGUUGAAAACAUUUAA